AUGACCGAAAACGGCCUGAAGUCGCAGAAGCGCAUUCUCACCGAUGCCACGAUGACCUCUGGAAAUCUACUACCGAAUAACACGCCCAAAAAGCGUAAACUCGAUGUCGACGAACCUACAGUGCGCUUGAAUGUGCCCCCUCGAAGCAGUGCUCCCAAAAGCUUCGGGUCCAGUCAGAUGCAACCAAAAAGUCGCUUCGAAGAGGAUCUCGAGAAAUUGACGCAAGACAUAACCGGCUUGAAAGAGUCCAAUGCAGAAAAGGAUCAACAAUGGGAUCGCCCACCGCUGGGAGAUUUCGAUCCUGCAAAGGAUAAUUUGUGCUUCCAGCAGAUCGAUGUAGAAGAGGGGGACUCAAAUGGUCGUACUGCGGUCAAGCUCUUCGGCGUCACUGAGAAAGGGAACUCCGUUCUUCUCCAUGUCGAAGGCUUUCGCCACUACCUUUAUAUUGCUGCUCCGGUCGGAUUCCAUCCCGAGGACGUCAAACCAUAUACCGCUUUCCUAGAACAGAGGUUCGGACAGCAUGAACGCAUGAUCCACUCAGUAAACCUAGCGCAGAAAGAAAACCUCUAUGGCUUUCAAGGGAAUCUAAAGUCUUGGUACAUUAGAAUCACGGUGACCGAUCCGAAAUAUAUCGCCAAGCUACGAAACGGUCUCGAAAAGAGUAUCGCGAACUAUAACUACAAAAGACUCUGGCCUUCGGGGGACGAUGGUGGUAUAAUGACUUUUGACAACAUUCAAUACGUGUUGAGAUUCAUGAUUGAUACAGGGAUUUCAGGAAUGUCCUGGGUCGAAGCCAAAGCAGGAGACUACGAACUUGUGCCAGAGGCAAAGCGACAGUCAAAUUGUCAGAUCGAGGCUUUUAUGCCGUAUACCAGCCUCAUUGCACAUUCACACGAUGGAGAAUGGGCAAAAAUGGCACCCUUGCGGAUUUUGUCAUUUGAUAUUGAGUGUGCUGGUCGAAAAGGAAUCUUCCCCGAACCGAACCAAGAUCCUGUCAUCCAAAUCGCCAAUGUUGUCACUCGCUAUGGAGAAUCAAAACCGUUUGUCCGAAAUGUUUUUGUUUUGGAUACGUGCAGUCUGAUUGUUAAUACCCAGAUUUUUGAAUUUAAGGACGAAGCUAAGUUGCUCGCGGCCUGGCAACAAUUUGUUCAAAAAGUCGAUCCGGACGUUAUCAUAGGGUACAACAUUGCAAACUUCGAUUUUCCCUACCUACUUGAUCGCGCAAGACACUUAAAGUGCCAGCAGUUUCCCUUCCUCACGAGACUGCCUCAAAUCAAGUCGGAAGCCAAAGAAACGAACUUUUCUAGUAAGCAGAUGGGGAAUCGUGACACGAAAUCAACGAACACAAACGGCAGAAUCCAACUCGAUCUUCUUCAGUUAGUUCAACGGGACCAUCAGCUCCGAAGCUACACCCUUAACUCUGUUUGCGCCGAAUUCCUGGGAGAACAGAAAGAAGACGUUCACCACACCAUCAUCACAGAGCUUUUCAACGGUACUCCAGACUCCAGAAGACGCUUGGCUGUUUAUUGCUUGAAAGAUGCCUAUCUUCCACAGCGAUUGAUGGACAAGUUGAUGUGUCUUGUCAAUUACACUGAGAUGGCUAGGGUCACAGGCGUGCCUUUCAAUUACCUGUUGUCACGCGGUCAGCAAGUCAAGUUCAUCAGUCAGAUUUUCCGCAAAGCUCGAACUGAACAACUGGUCAUUCCCAAUUUGAGCAAACAGGAUGACGGAGAUUAUGAGGGAGCUACGGUCAUUGAGCCUGUUCGAGGGUACUAUGACGUGCCCGUAGCGACUCUCGAUUUUGCCUCUCUAUACCCGUCCAUCAUCCAAGCUCAUAAUUUGUGUUACACCACCCUUUUGGAUAAACGAAAAGUAGAGCAUUUCAACCUCAAAAAAGAUGAGGACUACAUUGUUACACCUAAUGGCGAUCUGUUUUGUACUACCAAGGUGCGGAAAGGGCUGUUGACGCAAAUUCUGGAAGAGCUUUUGGGUGCGCGUAAAAGGGCCAAAAAAGAAUUAGCCGUGGAGAAGGAUCCAUUCAAAAAGGCCGUCUUGAACGGUCGUCAGCUUGCUCUGAAAAUUAGCGCCAACAGUGUGUACGGUUUGACAGGUGCGACUGUUGGCAAGCUUCCUUGUUUGGAGAUUGCUAGCAGUACUACUAGUUACGGUCGCCAGAUGAUCGAAAAGACGAAAGCUGAAGUUGAAGCAAAAUACACUAUUGCAAACGGCUAUUCUCACGACGCUCAGGUUAUCUACGGAGAUACCGACUCUGUGAUGGUCAAAUUUGGCGUUCGGACGCUUGAAGAAGCGAUGAAGUUAGGUGAAGAGGCUGCCGAUUAUGUGUCUUCGAAAUUCAUCAAACCGAUCAAACUCGAAUUCGAGAAAGUCUACUUUCCGUAUCUGCUGAUCAACAAAAAGCGUUACGCCGGGCUUUACUGGACCAACACUAAGAAGUACGAUAAAAUGGACACCAAGGGUAUCGAAACUGUUCGACGAGACAACUGUCGACUGGUACAAACAGUUAUUGAGACGGUAUUGAAUAAGAUUCUGAUCGACCGAGAUAUCAAUGGCGCGCAAGAUUAUGUCAAGAAUAUGAUAUCUGAUCUUCUGCAAAACAAAGUGGACUUGUCCAAAUUGGUGAUCACCAAAGCUUUAUCGAAAUCGGACUACACUGCCAAACAAGCUCAUGUUGAACUUGCUGAGCGUAUGCGCAAAAGAGAUGCAGGUUCUGCGCCAACACUUGGUGACCGUGUGGCCUACGUUAUUGUCAAGGGUGCUGGAGGAUCGAAAAACUACGAAAAAUCCGAGGAUCCCAUCUAUGUCUUGGAGAACAACAUUCCCAUUGACACCAAAUAUUACCUGGAUAAUCAAUUAGCCAACCCCCUCGGCCGUAUCUUCGAGCCUAUUUUGGGAGAGAAAAAGGCGGCACAACUGCUCACGGGCGAGCACACUCGAUCUAUUUCUGUCGCUGCACCCACCUUGGGCGGGCUGAUGAAGUUUGCAAAGAAGACGCAAACCUGUAUGGGUUGCAAGAAGCCUUUGGUCGGAAAAGAUGAAAUGGCUGGAGCUGUGUGUGAGAAUUGUCGACCGAGGUUAGGUGAGCUGUAUGCUAGAACGUUGAAGAAGACAUCGGAUCUCGAGGUCCGGUUUGGUCGUUUAUGGACACAGUGUCAACGCUGCCAGGGCAGUUUGCAUUGCGAGGUCAUCUGCUCAGCGCGAGAUUGUCCUAUCUUCUAUAUGCGCAUGAAGGCCAAGAAGGACGUUGAAGAUGCAGAAAAGGAACUGAUGCGGUUUGAUCACGAUCUCGGUGCAUGGUAG